AUGUUCGUCUCUGUAGUGCUCACAUCUCUACUAGGGCUGACCCAGGCAUCGCCAUGGUGCAACAUCAAGCUAGCCCGGAAAAUACACAACGUCGAAAUCCUAUCUAUAAGCACUACCUAUGUGCAGAACUACACCUCAGACGACCUCUCCAGCAUUGCCCCAACAAACGUCUCUGCCAUAGACUUCUGCAAUGUCACAGUGACUCUGACUCACCCUCACGAAGACGACUUCGUGGUCAUGUCAAUCUGGCUCCCUCCAGCCGAAAGAUGGAACGGAAACUAUCUCGCCACCGGCGGAGGCGGCCUCAUCGCAGGGUAUUUCGCAUCGAGCCAGGGUCCAGGGGUAGCCCUAGGCUACGCAACAGCCUCAACCGACGCAGGUCUGGCCCACGACACAGUGAACCAAACGCAGGGAUCAUGGGCACUUAAACGCGAUGGCUCGCCAAAUACAGCUCUACUCACCAAUUUCGCAUAUCGAUCGAUCCAUGAUAUGAAUGUCCUUGGUAAAGCCAUUCUCCGGGAGUAUUAUGGGGCUGGGCAUCGCUAUUCGUACUAUCAUGGCUGCUCUACUGGCGGGCGCCAGGGAUACCUGUCUGCCAUGUACUAUCCGGACGACUUCGAUGGGAUUCUGGCUAUUUCUCCGGCAAUCCAUACCCCUGAGGCAUCUCCGGCGGACUUUUGGCCGUCGGUUGUCAUGGGGAACUCGGUUGCUCCUCCGCAGUGUGUGUUUAACGCCUACGAAGCUGCCAUAGUCGCUGCUUGCGACUAUAUCGACGGAGCCGUGGACGGCCUGAUAUCCACAUACAAUCCAGACGUAUGCGACUUCGACCCGACAACGCUUGUUGGGAAGUCUAUCGACUGCAGCGAUACGAAUACAACAAUAACCAUCACUCCAGCCGACGCAGACAUCGUCCGUAAAUGCCUGCGAGGACCAACAGACGAGAACGGAGAAAGGCUGUGGUAUGGAAUUCCCCCAGGAGCCAGUUUCAGCGGGCUUGCAAACACGGCCAUAGUCAACGGCACAGUCGUCGCAAAGCCCUUCGAGGCCGCUGAGGCUUGGAUCAAAUACUUCAUCUUCCAGGAUGCGGAUUACCCUGCUGCGAGCAUGACGUACCGAGAUUUUGCAGACGCAUUUUCUCUCUCUGUUGAGAAAUUCUCUCCCCAGUUUGGAACACCACAUCCGGAUCUCGACGGAUUCCGCAAAACCGGUGCGAAGUUACUCACCUGGCAUAGUCUGGCAGAUGAGUAUAUACCACCAGCUGGAACGACUCAGUUCUACGAUACUGUUCUCGAGGAAAUGGGCGAAAAAGUAGACGUGGGCCAGUUCUACCGCGUGUUUCUGGCACCCGGGGCAGCGCACUGUAGCGGUGGAUAUGGGCCGGUACCGACGGAUCCAUGGGGAGCUCUGACGUCCUGGGUUGAAAAUGCCAACGCUCCAGAGUAUUUACUUGCGUCGACUGUGGAUGUAAGUGGAAAGACUGUGUCGCGCAACUUGUGUCCGUAUCCUUCAAGCCUUGUGUAUCGGGGAGGAGAUAUGGACGAGGCGAGCAGCUUUGCAUGCGAAGCUCCUUGA